UGAACGUAAUUUACCCUAAUUUUUAUACCAUCUUUUUUUUCGAAUUUUAGCAGCUAUAUAUUAAUAUAUAUUCAUCUUCUUAUCUGCUUCUAAUCAAUGUAAUUAAUUUCAAAUUUCAGUUAUAAUGCCAGCCUCUGCCCUUGAUCGUCUAGGUAUGUUUUUGUUUAUUUUUUUUUAAUUUCUUGUUUUUUUAAUUUAAUUUAUCAGCUAAUAAUUGUGUCUUAUUUUCGACUGUGCAGCAAAAUUAAAUAUCGACUACCCUAUGUUAUUCGAAAUCAGUAAUCCUCGUGCUUCGAAAGUCACACAUUGUGGUGUACUCGAAUUUACCGCUGACGAAGGCUUGAUUUAUUUACCAUUCUCGAUGAUGGAGAAUAUGCAAUUAAAAGAUGGCGACAUUGUGCGCGUAAAAAACGCCAGUUUGCCAAAAGGUACAUACGUGAAGAUGCAGCCUCACAAAACGGACUUCUUAGACGUGUCCAACCCAAAAGCAGUGUUGGAGACGAGUUUGAGGAGCUACACUUGCUUAACCACCGGAGACACAAUUAUGGUUGUUCAUAACAACAAGGAGUUUUACAUUAAUAUAUUGGAAACGAAGCCCUCAAACGCGAUUAGCAUUAUCGAAACCGAUUGCGAAGUGGACUUUGCACCUCCUUUGGAUUAUAAAGAACCCGAAAAGCCAGUAAAGUCAAAGAGACCUCGACCGGAAGGUUUCUUUUAACGAUUUAUGGAAUUUAAUUU